AUGUUCUUUGUGCCGCUCGUUUGCAGCUUUCUUGCUGCUCUGCCUACGCCAUCUCAGGCAUCCAGCAGCCUGGCAACUGUCGACCUCGGUUAUGAAGUCCACCAGGCGAUCUCUUUCAAUGAGACAACUGGCAUCCUGAACUUCACCAAUAUCCGCUACGCUCAGGCUCCUACAGGUUCUCUCCGCUUUCAUGCACCGCAGGCUCCGACUGGACGCGAUCCCGAAGUCCAAACCGGCGAGCAAGGACGUAUUUGCCCACAGGCGAUGCCUGAGUGGUUUGCUAUCACUCAACAAUUCGUUUCAGCAUACGCUGCAGGCAACCAGUCAACUUUCAACUAUACCAACGCCGAAGAAAAAACGCGUAACAUCCGAGAACAGAGGGAAUGGCCCGCUCCGUGGGCCAACCCAAACAGCCACACGACUGAGGAUUGCCUCUUCCUGGAUGUUGUUGUUCCCAAGAAAGUGUUCGAGAGUGCCACGAAUGCUUUCAGGAUUCACGGAGGCGCAUACGCUAUUGGGAACAAGAUCUACGACAACAGUGCCGACCCGACCGGCCUCAUUCGAGCUAGCCAGGCCGACGGCAGUCCCGGCAUUAUCUACGUUCAAGAACACAUCCACUUGUUUGGAGGGGACCCUAAGCAAGUGACCGUUAUGGGAGGAUCUGCGGGAGGAGGAAGCAUCGUGCAUCAUAUCACGGCAUACGGAGGGUUGAAACCUGCCCCUUUUGCGAGGGCAAUUCCUCUGUCGGCCGGCUGGAUUCCUGUCACCUCUCAGUAUGAGCAAGACAACUCCACGAACAGUUUCCUGCAGUCUCUCAACGUCACUAGUGUUCAGGAGGCACAGAAUUCAUCAACGGAGGAAGUCAUCUUGGCCAACGCUAAGGCAGUCGGUUCAUCCAAAUGGAUUUCAACAACCUAUGGUCCCGUCAUUGACGGAGGUCUCGUGCCGGCAUUGCCCGGGAUUUCUCUGCUAAAGGGCGAGUUUGAUCACAAUGUCUCAGUUAUGACGGGCCACGCUGCCAACGAGGGCGCAAACUUCUCCCCACCCUUCGUCGAAACCAACGACCAAAUGGCCGCGAUGAUUCGCGACGCAUGGUCCACGAUAGAGGAGCCUGUCGUCAGCUACAUUCUCGACGAACUUUACCCGGAACCGGGUGUCAAUCGCACCAUGCUCUAUGUUGCCGAGCUCGGUUUCGCAUGCAACGUCAACUACCUGGCUCGGGCAUUCGGGAGCAACACCUACAACUACGAGUUCCGAGUACACCCAGGUGUUCAUGGUUCUGCCUUCCCUUACGCUUUCUACAAUGGCCCAGAUGAGGUGGAAGGAGGUAUUUAUGUUGGCAGUCUUGGGCCUGUCAUUGUCGAUGUCGCUCGUACGCUGCAGGGCUACAUUGUCAACUUCGUUACGUCCGGUAACCCCAACGGGCUUGGCCUCCCUGAGUUCCCAGUCUCGGGCACCAACGCAGGCAUGCUGGCAUUCAACAACAGCGGCGUGAGUGUUGUUGGCGACACAACGGCUAACGAAAGGUGCUUGUGGCUCAAGAAGGCACUCUACGCUUAA